UCUUGGCUUCGAUGCGAAGGAUACCAUUGUGAAUGCGUGUUGUGUAGAAUCGCCAUCGCCAUCGCUGUUGCCAUGGCUGUGGAGCGUCUUCUUCUGUCCGUGCUGUUGCUGGCUGCGAUCGCAUGCUCUUCCUUCGGCGUCACGGGUUUCCAGUCCGACGAGCUCCCCGAAGACGCCGAGGAAUGGGGGUUGGUGGGAGAAUCGGCACCCAUCGUCAAGCCCAAGAUCAACAUCGUUGAAAAGGUUGAGCCGGAGUAUACCGAGUAUGGCGAGAAGAUCGUCCGCCCAUCGGCAGCGACUGCUGGAACAAAGAAGAUCACGUUUCCGCUCGAACACUCGCUUGGUGAUGGCAAGUUUGAACAGAUUGGAACUUUUUCAGCACUUUUGAGAACGACGGCUCUGGGGCAUCAGGAAAUAAAAAAGCUACGACUCGAAAGGAACAAAUUAUCGAAAGUGCAGAAGCGGCAAUUUGAGGAACUGGUGAGAAAUGAUGGGUUCUACACUAUCCGGCUGCCCGCAGAUUUGAUCAAACCCCGGCACAAGUUUGUCUUGGCCUCAGUGAAGGGUCGUUGUUUGACUGCUGCAAAAUUGAAGGAGCGAUUUGACUUUUUCUUGGACAGAGGCAAUUUGAUAGGUGUUAGCUACUCCGCUGUUGGCGCUUGUAGUUACCCACGUCCUCUGGUCCUGCCAGAGGACUGGACCUUUGCCUCUGAUCCACUGAUUUUUCACAAGGGCAGCGAGCAAGCUCCAAGGCUAGUGCCUAUGUUUCAAGAGUCAGCCACACAGCGACCAGGCGAAAAAGUUACUGAAGAGGAGGGGACAAAGGAAAAGACUUUUUGGCAGAAAUAUUGGAUGUACAUAGUCCCUUUUGGAUUAAUUGUAGUGAACGCUCUCAGUCAACUAGCCAACUUGCCUGAAGAACCAACUGCUGGUCAAACAGGACCUGCAAUUACUGGUACUCAAAGAACCGGUGGUUCUGGCGGAGGUAGGGCAAGACGGUAGAGCUGGAUGCCUGCAGUAGCAAGUGGCUGCGCUCUAUGACAGUUAUUCAUUUCGGACCACUCUUUCAUGAAAUACUGUAAAUUGUUUGACCCCCCUUUGGUACUUUUCUGAUCAACGACAACUACUGGACCUUUGACCUUUUCAACCAGAUGGUGGACUUUGGGCUGUUGACUGACUUUUAGUGUAGUAAAUGCAUAGUCAACAAUUUUAUUGUCCAUGCUCAGACAAGAUAAGAAAUAACAACAAUUCUGUAACAUUUUUUUUCAUGGAAUAUAUUGUCUUCAUCAGUA